GAUGACUUUAUGCUGAAGCAAGCACGCCGGCUGCGAAUGGCAGUCGCGCGGGACCUGAUUUGGUCGCGCAUGCUAUCGGCUAUGCAGCACAAGAAAACAGCCUACAAUCGAGGAAGGGAACUAAGACGUAGGCUCUCCAACCUGGAGGAUGCUUCGUUGCAACUGGGGUUCGUCCUCUCGAACAUCGACUUCAUGACCGCAGAACUGAAGCGCAGACGCAAGGAGGCGCGCAAGGCAGCAGCGGAUAGAGCACGGUUGAGAGCAAAGACUCGCGUCUUGGAGAAAAACCCAUUUGGGAUUUCAUCUUCCAAUGGCGUAAAGGUCAAUAGUCUUCCGCUCUCCCGUGGCCCUGCAAGCACCGCUCUAGGGAUGAGUAGUCCUCGCAGCUACAGUCCUAGAUUUAAUGAGCAUGCAGCUGAUAGACGCCAGUCUGAACUAGUGCAGUUUCAGAAGCAGACGCGCCAAGAUGACGCCUAUAGCGCAUACAAUUUUAACCUGGCGCCCCCCAAUACUUCUUCCAGCACGACGGCGGUUAUUCGCCGUGCCAUAGCAGCUGUAUUGGAGAAAAACUGCAUGAGAAAUGCUAGGUCCUCAAAAGGCAGUGGCUCUGGUAGCCUGAUGGAACUCACCUUGGCGACGCUAGAACCAUUUUCAGAGGAAACGGAAGAUGACGAUAUUGGGUACCGUUUUGACCAAGACCUAGAUGACUCUCAAGGUGAGGGAGGGCAAAUGAAGGAUGAUAGACGCACGGGCGCUGGACGCACUGACAGGACCCUAGGCCCGAGGCACACAGAGGACCGUAGUAGUUCUACUUCAGCAAGCGAAAAUGAAGAAGGAGAUAUUAUAGGAUCCAACAUACGUAUGAAAAAGACGCACGUUUUCAAUGGACGCACGUUCGUCAAUCCUGCUCUAUUAAACAACAUGUUGGCCCCAGAAGGAGAAACGGUGCCUAGGACGAUUGUGUCAAAGAUGAACUUCGCACCGGCUAUUAGUAGUAGUACAACCAGGAGUUCUAGAAGAAAUGUGCGACUUAGUACAAAUACAGCCAGUUCAGGAGUUUCUAGUACUUCGACGACCAUUAGUAUUCCACGAAACAGUACGUUUGCGGCAGCAGAAGCCAUGGCUGAAGAGGAGGAAAACGCUAAAUAUUCGCUGCUCUUAGCGAACACCCAUCGUGGAGUUACGAUCGAGCGCCUAAAGCAGUACGCUGAAAACAGGCUUUACCCUGCCUUGUUCCGCGGAUCCGCUCCGCUCCUAUCGAUUCGCGACGUCGCCGAAAGCGAGAUCCAAGAAAAUCUCGAGAAUUUCCAAAGUGCCCUUUUAGCCGUAUGUGCGUUCUUGCCCCAUGCUGCUCUGGGCUACGACCGCGCGGCUGAGGCGGCGGAGGAAAUAGCUAGAGACUUGCAUGGAAUGCCCUUGACACUGGUCCGCAGUGAGACCGUAAUGAGAAACGCACUAAAACGGAUCGCGAAUAACGCUACUUCACAAGCUCCUGGCACGCCUUUUACGACUCAAACAUCCUCGUCUUCCAAAAAGAAAACCAAGUCGCACAAGAGCAACAUCAACCCACGGGAACAGCGAGAUGAGGUGGCUGACACUUCUACGCGUCGGGUCUCUUUUUUUCCGGCCGCUAAAACAGAAGGUAGUCGUAGUGCAACUGCAGAAAAUAAGAAUACCUCCAUAUUAGAAGAUGCUGCUGAUGGUGCUACUGCUGCUGCUACUACUACUGCCAGCACAUUAGAAGAUAGUAGAACUGCUAGUAAAAGUAACUACAACAUGUUAAAACGCCUCUCAGAAACUAAUGACCAAGGCUCCUUACCUGGAGUUUCUAGUAGGGAGAUGACAACCACGACUGUUGAGGCUAGUACUUCUUCACCUGCAGAACACAUGCACAACAUCGAGGGAGGCGAUCUGGUCAGCACGUUGGAUCGAUUAAAGCGAGAUCUGGACUUAACACUGUCCAAAUUGCAGGAAGCGGUUGCGCAUGAAGUUGUAGCUCCGCACGAAGGUGAGGGUGCGCACGAACGAGCUGUGGGCGAGUCUAUGACCUCCAAUAUUGGUCAACAUCCACAUACUUCUAUUAUAGGACCCCGUCAUACAGUUACAGGGAGCCACACACAAGGACACGAGGACGCUAGUCUAAUUAUAGGAACGGCCACGUAUGGAGCCAGGUAUAAUCACGCCACUACUGUAGCAGAAGGACUAAACGAGCAUACUCAAAGCCUUACUGUUCUUGGAGGUGGAGGACAGCAUACUGAACCUACGCACAACAGCCCUCUAGGAGGACAACACACUGAAACUUUUGCGCACAGCAGCGCUACAACAGCAGGACACCAGGAUAGUACUUCUGAGACGAACAUGACACAGCAUGUCGAAGACGUCACACACCAGCAGGCAGCCAGCACCGAACCUCAUAAUAUCAUAGAAGAGCAUCACCGAGACCCCACUUCUACUUCCCGCACCAGUACUCCAACUCCUGUCGGCGAGCCAGCGCUGUCAUCUAUGUCAUCUAACAGCACUACAUAUCAGAUGACAACUGAGCAUACUGCUCAACAAGAAGUGGAGCAGUCAGCGGUGUCAUCUAUCAUUGAUCCAACAUCUCCAGAAGAAGCUGCUCGUGAAACUGUACACGUGCCGAACCACAAUAGUCCGAAAAUAGGCGGCAUUCAUAGUAUGAAAACCAAUCAUGAAGACCCUGCUGAACUAGAAUCUGGUGGAGGCGCUAUUGUUCGAGUAGAGCAAGACCCUCUAGUACAACCCGUUGUAGUAAGAGAUGACAUUACUACAACUAGUGGCUCUAUGGCUGCGGGAGAGGCUCUACCUUUAGACAACAUUACAACUUGUAGUUCUCUGGCAGUCGGAGUCGCUAGCGGUGAUGUCGUCCAACGUACUACAACUACUGCUCAGGAAGUAGAAUCUGACUCUUCAUCACAGCCAGAAGAUCGGCAAAGGCCUACAUCAGAUGGGCCAAAGCUGCGUGGGGGUGGGCGUACGAGCUCCCGCAGCAACAGUACGCUUUUGAUCACCAGUAAUGUGAAUAUCAGGCGACGUCCCUCGGAUGUGGACCCGUACUCGUCACAUAGUCCACGAGGAGUUCGGACAUCAAACAUGAACUCGACUAGUAUGAGUCUUCUUCCCGGCGCUCAACAAGGACUCCUAGGUGGAUCACUAGGGGGAGAAGUUGCGCCAUCUUCAGGGGGAGCAGCACCUACGUCGAGCGUAGGAGCUUUUUCCCAGAGCAUGAGGCCAGAGUAUGAGGUAACGCUGUCGCAGGCCUCCAAAAGAAGGACAGGGAUGUCCAAACCCGAAACCUUUUGGCACAAUGUUCAUUCCCACGAGUCCACACUGGCAGCUCCUGUGGACGAAAAUGACGAAAAGAAUGAAGAAAGUGAAGCUUCUCUAGUGAACACGCUAUUUCGCAAACGGCCCUUCGUAGAACGUAUUGCGCUUUCAAGACGCUCAGGCUCCUCAGGUGGCGUCGCUGUUAAGGCUUACCGUAGAAGUUCAUCGUGAUGUGAAUUAAUAGACUAGUCUCUCUCAAACGACCAUACAUACAUUUAAGUAAAAACUAGGAUUAGUAGAGUAAGUAGUCUCUCUCAAACCAUACAGACAUUUAAGUAAAAACUACCUGCCUCGACUUCGUGUAAGUAAGUGCCCGGGGUUAGUAAGUAGUUAGUUUGAUUAUAUCUUGUUCAAGUACAGGGUCAGAAGUACUGUUGUCAUACCAUCGAGCCUAUUAUAUCUUGUUUUAGGUAAAAACUGAAUAUAGAGGUUUUUAGAUAAACUGCUUUAUUUCAAGAAGAUGAAGAAUCAAUCUACUAGGUAGGUAACGUCUAACUCCGAGGAGCAGUCUCCACCUUUGUCAGCUCGAUUGCAGUAUCGACACGACCCGUUCUCCUACGUGCGAGAGAAUCAGACUGACCACCUCCAUUUCGCUCCGGACGUGAGAACUGGUGCGGACGACGACGUGCGUGGCGCCAAUCAGGGGAAUCCGAAUGGCCCUCCCGCAAUCCGCACACUGACCUUCACACCCGCGGAACAGCAGUACAUCACGAAUACAGCGAAUAAGGUAGUCAAGAAAUUAGGGGACGCCUAUGGUCCGGAUCUCGGUAUGACCGAACUUCUACUAGGCAGUGCGACCAGAGCAGUUAGUUCCAAAAAAAGUGGACGAGAGUUAAGGCUAGUACCGCUGAAGCAUCCUCAACGCCAUCCUUGGCUUCUUUUUCAAGGUCUAGAGGAAAAAGAAGGCUCCAAGGAUAUGGCUCUCGUCAAGGAAGAUGCCACGCGGUAGCGCUAAGAGAGACGCCGAAAACCGGCGUUGGAUCCCCUGGCUUCACGCCGCGGACCUUGGUUACCCCACGUACGCCUUUGGUGACUUCCCCACGGGGCAAAAUGUGCUGUACGCCACGCUCCCACGAGAGGCCUCAUGAUAACCUGCCUUUGCAAGCACUGCAACUGCCUCUGGACCAAAUUUUAAAUGCCACGUCAGCAGAAAUUGCAAAACAGAGUAGCCGAUAUUCAAAAACUGUGCUACGAGCUCAUGCUGCAAACACAAAGACAAAACAAAUGGCUUCAAAUACGGGAAUGAAGACAAAACAAAUGACUUCUAGUGGUAGUGCUGCCAGAACCACGACAACAGGAGGCAACAAGAAGAUUAUAUCCCCAGCUUCUUCACCAGUUGCCUCUAGUGAUACUACGUGGAGCACACUGAGAAAGAAAAUUAAGGCUUACUUCUUCUAAAUUCAUCUUGGGAGGCAUCUUUGGCGUGCUUUCAAGGGAAAAAAUAGGUCAAGCAAAGAUGUCACUUUCUAGAUGGGAAUAUACUAGGUCAAAGACGCUUCCCAAGAUGAAUAUCGAUAUAAGGUCUAAGAAAAAUAGUAUAGUACAGCAACACCUGGACCUACUCCACGAAGACCUUCGUGGCACGCGAGCCCUGUCGCAGCGUGCAGGUGGAGCGCAUGCCUUCAUUCGCUUACCACAGGACUUUGGGGACCCCAGGCAGAAGCUCGUGGUUGCUAACAAGGGAGACGUGGAUGAUGAGGUGGAGGAACUACAGCUGCUCGGCGGGAGAGAGGAAGUGUGUGGCGCGAUAUCUUCUGGCGCUGCGGAUAGAAGAAGUUCGGAUAUCCGAUCCUCCAUGGUGUCUGCUGCGAGUCGGCGGAGCGACGUUGCCGCAAAGAACAACAGGGAAGCAAGUGCCCGCACUUUGAAAGCACUGCGGAGUGGGAGAGUGCACUUGCGCCCGCUUGUGGCGGAGAUUGCCAGGAUCACGCAAGAGCCGGCGAGUCGGAGUGGCUCUUCCUCCAGCCGCAAUUUCAAGGCAGUGAUGCUGGAAAUGCAGGUUGAAGAGUUGGUUCUUGCCUGGACACGGGAUUACAACGAGAAACAGAGGACUUUGCUCGAGGAAAACAUUGAGGGACGACGAACGACAACUACCAUGGGAGAUUAUCCUGCUUCUGCUAGAAGAACUGCUUCUAGUAGUUGUGAUAAAAAUACUAGUACAACAGCUUCUACAGAUGAAUCAGCGCCAUCGUUGACCGGAGAGCUGGAUGCAGGUGUGAUACUUUUUUAUUGUCGGCAACUGUUCACGUCGUUGCAACGGGAGGACACGCGAGAACUCCGCAGGGCACGGGAGGAUGAGGCGCGGCUGGAGCGCGCGAGUCGGAUGCACGACCGCCGACUUCGCUGGAACAGGGCAAAAGCGUUAGAUUAAGGCUCAAAGUGACUCACUUCCACAUUCACAUUGCAAAUAGUUCUUUCAUAUUAUGAUACUAGUAGUUACAACGAGAUUUUAAAUUGCUGUUCCUCUUUUUACUCUCCUUCCUAGGUUUCUCAGAAAGUAGUGAACUGCCCAAAGAAAUGAAUCAACAUUAGGUUGAGCUCUAAUUAGAACGAAAAUUGAUUGCCGAAUCAGCAGAACUGGACGCUCAGGAAGAGGCUAAAAAGUACUUAGAAACACACACAGGAGUAAGAGCUACAACUGGUGCUUCUUCUACUUCACACACAGGAGUAAGAGCUACUGGUACUUCGUCUGUAGCAAGAUAUGUGCCAAGAACUGCGAGGCAAAGCACAGCUAGAAAGUGCCAUUCUCCUUCUGUAAGAGCACGCGGCCCAAAUACAACAGCAGGCCCACGAGCUAGUGCAGCUACGCCAGAUUUUUAUACCACAAAAAUGAGAGAACGCGAACGGGAACGGGAACGCCAAGCACGCCAAGCAGGUUCAUCAUCUAGUACUGAAGAAGCAGAAGGUGAUACUAGUGAGCGCGAUCCUUACGCGGGACGCGUAGAUCAAAGAGACCUCCUGUAUAGAGGAUCCAUGGCACGUUUUGAAGGCAGUGGGAUACACCUCCAGCUAGAAGGGGAGGAUGAGGACCACGACCACACAGACGAGACAGAGGACACAGAGGAAGAAGAAGAGCUGCAAGAUGAAGUAGCUUCUGAAGUAGAGGAACAAGGUGAAGAAGCUUCUGAAGUAGACGAGGAAGAUGAAGCUCUACAUGAUCAGGAAGUAUCAACUACAGUGAACAAGAGGAUCACAACGCCUUUCGACAGCGAUGAGCAUGACGAUCCGAGGCCACCCCCCAUUGCGGAACAUUUUCAGGAGGAUGCCUUUCAGGAGGAUGAUUUUUCAGUGCAAGACGAUGUUAAGGCUUUCCCUAGUCCAUCUUUUUGAAAGACAACAUCCUGGAGAGUCCGCUUUUCAAGGGGAAAAGUCGCCUAGGAUGCGCCUCGAGAUGGAUUAGGGUGGGCUGCUCUAACGAUGGGAGGGACGUGCAUCUAGCCACGGUUUUGGAAGGUACAGAGGUCGAAACGUCAGAUCCGGAAGCCAAGCAGCCAUCUCCACUUCAAGAGACACAACGCCCACAAGAAGGGCAGGAAAAAGGUCCUGCGGCACAAGAAGAAGAAGAAGAAGAGGCAAUAGAAACUACGGUACUCGAAGACGGGAAGCCGCUUCUGCAAAGAGAGGGACUACAGAGAGAGGGAAUGGAAAGUACUAAGCCACAGGACAUUCCAGAAGCCGUUGGCGACUCUCCUGCUGCAAAGAGUGAAGAGGGGAAUGCCUCUGCUAGUCUGUCAGAGGUGGAGGCCGUGGCGCCGCCUUCUACCCUACCUCUAGUGGGUGACGAACAACAGGAAGACGCAGAUGAAGAUGCGACAAAUCGUCUCUCUGAUAAUCAAGAUUUAGGUAAUGCGAAAAAGAUGACAUCCUCUGACGACGAGAUCGUCAGUGCAGACGAACAUGAUGACGAAAUCGUCAGUGCAGACGAACAUGAAGAUCAUGCUAGUUUGAUGUCAGCGCAUGAGGGUGAAAACAGUGACGAUUUUCACAGCGACCCACUGAAUUCAACCUUCGGUAGCGUCCAGGCGGACUAGCGUGAUCAAACCUCAGCUAACUACUGUAGACUGCAGAAGUAAUCACAAGAAUGUUUUAAAUUUGUUUUCUUGAAGAUAUCGCCGUCUUGUUAGACGGUAACUCGAUUACCCUGGACCUGCUCUCACUCUACAUAGCUGCUGCUGGUAUCUUCGGUUAGUAUGUAUAGAGAUAAAUCAAUGAUUCCUUGCACUACGUAGAUGAAUGCUUUGCGUCUUUUUCAGUGUACCAGUAUGAUCAUAUAAGCAUAUUGCCUAGAUCAGAUGUAGGACUGGUAGCACGUAUUUCUUUCUUCGUGAUUCGAUUAUAACAACAAGUGAAUCCCUCUUCUGUUAUCUUUUUCGACUAUCAGAUGAACAAGCAAGCAAUUAUCAAGCAAAUACACAAUCAAGCAAGCAAGCAAUCAAAUACUUAUAUAUACAAACAAGCAAACACGCAAUCAAUAAACAACCACGCAAUCAAGGCAAGCAAUCAAUGAAUUCUAAGACAAC